UCAGCUGAGUUCUCAAGCUGAGUUACAGCGGCUACUGUCUAUUUAUAACAUGAAAAUAUUAUGUCUUACUCACACUUGAGGCAAAUUUAAUAAUGCAAUAUAUAAACUAUUAAUCACAUGCAAUGUUUUCAAAAUAAAUUAAAAAUUCCCCGAUUAUAAAUAUUUCAUUUCAAAAAUAGUCGUAGUCUACUUUAUUAUAUAUUAUUAUUUUGUUGCUGCCAUGCCGGCUAGUACUGUGUAUUCUAUACUGUUAAAAAAGGAAAAUGCCCACGAAGACCCUAUUUAUAGCUGUGCCUGGGUCAAAACAAACCCUGGGGGAGAUUUACAGAAUGCCUCAAAAGAAUUUAUAGUGACAGGAGGACUGGAUUGUGUGGUAAAAGUGUGGUCAUUGGCCAACAACAAGUUGGAUCUAGUCCAUACAUUGGAAGGGCAUCCUAUGGCUGUGGUUUCUGUUGCAGUCAGCCCUGAUGGAACUACAAUUGCCAGCACAUCCUUAGACUCUAUUUUGAUAUUAUGGGACCUUGCAUCUGGUAAGAAGAAGCUUCAGGUACAGACAGGCGCGAUCGACGCGUGGCAGGUCGCAUUCUCGCCUGACGGGUGCAAUGUGGUCACCGGAGGUCACAUGGGCAAAAUAUAUGUGUAUGAUGUCCAACAAGGUGGGGUGGAUGGUGUGCUGGACACUAGAGGGAAGUUUAUUUCUAGUGUUGCGUGGAGUCCCAAUAACAAGUACAUAGCGGCCGGGUCGAUAGAUGGCGCUGUGUUUACCUUCGACACGCACCAGUGCAAGUUACUGCAUCACAUCGACGCGCACACGUUGGCCGUGAGGAGUGUUGCCUUUUCUAAUAAGAGUGAUCUUCUUGCAACUGCCUCCAAUGAUGGGAGAAUGAAGUUGUUUGAUUCUGAGUCCGGUCGCCACUUAAACACGUUAGAGCUCAAAGGCUGGGUGGUGGCGGUUCGAUUCAGCCCGGACGGCACUCGGAUUGCGACCGCCACGACCGACGGCGUUGUGUGCGUGGUCGCUAUACGACAGCUGACUGUUCUUCACGCUUUCCAAGGACAUGCGGAUACGGUAUGGGAUAUCCAUUUCAACAAAAAUAGUGAUAAACUGUUAUCAGUAUCUAAAGACAAAUGCAUCAACAUUUACGAAUGUCCAAUACCGCCGCCGCCUGCUAAAAAGUAAUUACAAUAAAUGCCAUCUUAAAAUAUGUUACUUGCUUACAAUCAAAAAUAUUGUACUGGAAUAUUAUCUCGAUAGUUUUGCUUAAGUUUAAUUUGUGUAUACAAAAUAUCUAAAUAAUAAACCUAAUAUUGUAUAAUUAUAAUACAUAGAAAAUAAGUUAUAAACUGUUUACGGUUUUAUAAUAAAUUAAUGAUUGUUAAGGA